CUUGAUUGACCCCUUGACUGAAGGACUAAUUUUACAAAGCUUGAAUAAGACAAUCUGACACGUUGGCUAUAGUUACGCUUUUUCUUUUUAAGCCUAACAUCCCAAUCUCCAUUGGCCUAAAAUCAAUGCAACACAAAAGGGUAUCAAAACAAAAUAUUCGUUCAUAAUAUUGUGUGUUUCAAUAAGAUUUCAUCAUAUCAAUGGGAAACAUCUCCAAACUGUUGCUGCUUUUCUCCCUCCAAUACUGCUGCUUCAUUGCUUGUGGAGCUCUGCCAACAAUAUUCACAAGCAUCUCCAUAGAUGAAUCUGCUCUUCUGGCCAUCAAAUCUCAAAUAACACAUGAUCCUUACAACAUAUUAGCCACCAAUUGGACCAAAGAGUUGUGGCAUUGAAUCUAUCCGGAGGAUCGUUCCAAGGCACAAUAGCCAAAGAAGUUGGGAAUCUCUCCUUCCUUGUUUCUCUUAGCAUAAGCACAAACUAUUUCUAUGGUUUCAUCCCAUAUGAAAUCGGCCAUUUGAAGCGAUUGCGAUAUCUGCACAUGCAGCUCAAUGCGCUAAGCGGGCAGAUUCCCAAAAGCUUAGGGCACCUUACCCGAAUGGAAGAACUAAUCUUGUAUAAUAACAGUCUGAGUGGACCAAUCCCUCAGUCCAUUUUCAACAUUUCUUCAUUGCGGGCUAUUGAUCUGAUGUACAACUUCCUCAACGGGACACUCCCGGAAGAUAUCUGUAGUAAGCUCCAAAUACUUUAAUGUGCUUAUCAAUCAAAUAGGUGGCCAAAUUCCAACAACCUUGUCUCAAUGCAUGCUUAGAGAUGAAAUUCCUGAUUUUGGGAGAAAUUAUCUUGCGGGUUCCAUUCCUGGGAGUUUAGGCAACCUCUCAAAACUAGAGUGGUUGUAUCUUGGUGGAAACAAUUUGACAGGAGUCCUACCUUGAACACUCUUCAAUACAUCUUCAAUGAUUAUUUUGGAAGCUUCUUAUAAUCAGAUAUCCGGAGGUCUUCCAGGGGAUAUGUGCUAGAAUGGAAUCCAGAAUAUGUGUGGCUCGAUGUGAACUUCCUAACAGGACCAAUCUCGUCUAGCAUGUCUAAUUGUCGAUCUCUGAAUGAAUUUUUUGUGAAUAGAAACAAUCUGCAAAGGAGAAUCCCAAGUGGCAUUUGGAAUGUGUCAUCUCUUCAGCAUUUGUGUCUCGGGGCUAACAACUUAACAGGUUUCUUCUUUCUUUCUUUCUUUCUUUUUCUUCUUUUUGCAUUAUUAACAGGUACUAAUUGUUUGGCAUGGGCUGCAGGGCGGUUAGAUAUGAUGAGCUCGGGUAAUUCAUCCGUCUUGGAGGUGAUAGAGAUAGGAGUAAAUGAAUUCUACGGCUGCUUGCCUGAUGAUAUGUGCUUCAGUCAUCCAAAUUUGGAGUGGUUAGAACUGACAUAUACCCAACUUUCUGGCCAAAUAACUUCUAGUCUUUCACAUUCCCGUGCACUCUGCCGCAUCCACUUGAGCUCUAAUAAUUUCUCAGGAAGCAUACCACCUGAGAUCGUAAACAUGUCCGCGCUUCAGGUUCUUCUUCUUUCAAACAAUAGCCUGACGGGAGAACUAACUCUCCCUUCUUCUUCAAAUCUCUCUGCAUUAAAGACUCUUGACUCCCACCGUAACCUACUCUCCGGUUCCUUGCCUCCAGAUUUGGGUUUCAGAUUUCCGAAUCUGGAGGUUUUAAACCUCGGGUCCAACCAAUUCUCCGGGAAGAUUCCAGCAGAGUAGGACUGCUCCCGGGAUUGGAAUUCGUAUCCCUUUGGGGAAACCAGCUUACAGGUGAAAUCCCGCCCGAGAUUGGGCAGUUGAGGCGCAUCAAUGAACUAUGUCUGUACUUGAACAAGCGGACUGGCGAAAUUCCUGCAUCUCUAUUCAACAUCUCAGCUUUAACAAGGCUAAACCUUGCCGGGAACCUACUGGUGGGCAAUGUUCCAUCGAUAAUUGGUAAUUGAUAAAAAAUAGUUUGAGUUUGUGUUUGUUCCUCUGUCAAGCUUGUCGUCCCUUGAUUUGGGUGGAAAAAUGCCUGCAUCCCUAUUCAACAUCUAUAAUAAAUUCAUAACAUUAAUAAAAUUUUACUACCUCCGUCCCAAAAAAAAAAAAAAUAGUCAACAUUGAGUUUUCAAAUUUAUACUAAAAACAAUACAAAAUUCAAAACUCGAGGUGGACUAUUUUUGUGGGACAGAGGGAAUAAUAAUCUUCUUGGUAAUAAAUAAAGACAAUCAAUAAAUAAUAAGAUAAUAAUUUUUCAAAAAACUCGUAUCUAAAUAUAGGUCUCAUCAAUAUCAUAAAUUAAUAAAGUCUUGAUUUUUUUUAAAAAAAAAAAAAAAGGAACAUCUCAUAAAUCUAGUAAGUUUUUUAUUUCAAAAAAAAAAUACAUCUCAUAAAAUUUUAUCUUUGGUUUCUUUCCGUUGCAUUCAAAAGUUUUGAUGUACUUUUUUUCAUACUGCAAAAAAAUAAAUAAAUAAAUCCAAGCAGUUAUUGUUGCACUAUAUGCUUUUCUUUUUCUUUUUUUUUUUUUUUUUU